UCCAUUUUGUGACUGUUAGAAUUGAGAUGCAAUGCUUUUUUGUAAUCUGUUUAUUUCUUUGUUUUGAUUGAGUAUUUUUUUUCUUUUUCCUUUUUUUUCAAAAUUAACGAAAUAUUUAAAAUGUCUAGUGAACCAACUGAUCAACAGGUAACCGAAAUUAGUGAUGAAAGUGGCCAACAGAUUCUCAGUUUAUUGCAAGUUCAGGGAGAUGAAGGAUCGGGUCAUGAGACUAUCCAAUUGGUAACCACUUCUGGGGAUGGUGAAGAUAUUGAUGGACAAGAGUCUUUACUUUUACAACCUGCGAUCGAGGUGAAUGGAGAGAGACAUGUUAUCUUGCAGCAAGCCCAAGAUCCUAAUACUGGAGAGGUUUUGGUUUUUCUUCAAGGUGAAAAUGGAGAAACAGUUUGUUUACCACCCGAAGCAUUAAAUGCAAAUAUAGUUCAAAUGGAUGAUGGAAGUGGACAAGUUUAUACACUUGCUUUGCCAUCAGAAGAUUCAUCAGUUAUGGUGGUCUCUGAAUCUGAUGGGACAAUUGUUGAAGGAGGAGCGACCCUGAUGACGGAGGAAAAUUUCAUCGCUACAACAACAUCAUCAGCCUCUGAUACUCAAGUUGUUCAAUCGGUUGUUGGACCAUUAAUGGCGACAACUUCAACGGAACCGACAGAAUCAAUGACAACCACCGAGUCAGAUUUAAUUGAAUCAGCAAAUUUAAUAGAUGAAUCAGAUGAAGCAUCAGCAUCAAUAUCCAUACCAACAUCAACAUUAACAUCAACAUCGGUCCAAUUACAUCAACAUCAUCAACAAUUAGAUUGGACAUUAGUGAAAGAAGAAUAUCCAGUUGCUUCAUUUGACAAAUCUGUUUACGAAAAUGUGAAAGGAGAAAUGAAUGAUAUGCCCAUUAAUCAACAACAAGUAUCCAUCGUGGGAUUGCACCUUGACCGGGGUCCCAAUAAACCAUUGAGAUGGGAAUUGUUACAUUCAGAAUUACUCUAUUUCGACAGUGGAGAUGGUGAAUGGUCAAUGAGCGACGACCACAACGGUGCAACUUCAACAUUUGCUUCAUCUAAACUUAUUGUUAAACCACCGACUGUUUCUAAUGUUCCAACACUUCGAUCAGCCAAAAAAGUUUCUGAGCCAAUUGUUACUAGCGAUCAUAAUGAUACUAACGAAACUUGUGACAAUAACAAUAGUACUACAACUCCUUUGAGUCCAUCAAAAUCGUCAGUGGUCAGUAAAGAUUAUUCAAGAGUAAUUUCCAGUAAUGAUAAAAGUUUAUCGACAUCAGGAGUUCCAUCAAUGAUUAAAGUUGGUGCUGUACCUCAACUUGGUCGAGUUGUCACUUCACCAGUAAAAAUAACUUCUCCAGUGAAACCUAAUUCCCCAGUAAAAGUAACAACAACAACAACCACCUUGACCACUACAAACAUAACAACAACUACAACUACAAACACAAACACAACAUCUUGUAUUCCUCCUCCCAAGAAAAGAGUUAACAUUGCUUUAGCUCAAUUAAACGAUGAUAAUGAUUUGUUUGCUACUCCAUCAAGUCCCGUUAAGUCACCUAAAAAAGAUGAAAAUUCAACUCUAUCAACAAUAACUAAUUCUAAUUCUAAUUUAAUCGAUGAUAAUGUUUCUGCAACAACACCAAGUGAAGAAUCAGUUGUAGAAACUCCAGUUCCAGAGACUCGGAGUACACGAAGUAGCAGUCGACGAAAAUCAGAAUGUGAAGUUGAAUCUUCACCAGUACGAGAAGAUAUUGUAUCAGAAACGCUUACUGUUGGAGCAUCAGCGACAGCGACAGCGACAGCAAGUGAUACACAAAAUACGAUUGCAGAGACUCGUAGUACUCGAAGUAGUAGGAAGCGAAAAGCAGAAACUGAAAUUGAAACUUUUUCCAGUGCUGAUGAAUCUUCAAAUCGAGAAGAUAUUUUCUCUGCUGAUUUUGUGACACCUUCCAAGAAAACAGUUACUCUUGGUUCAGCUCAAUCAAACGAUGAUGAUGAUCUGUUUGUUACACCUUCAAGUCCAGUAAAAUCACCGAAAAGAGAUGACAAUUUAGAUACUCCAGUUUCAGAGACUCGUAGUACACGAAGUAGUAGGAAACGAAAGUCGGACACUGAGAUUGAAACAUCUUCAAGUGCGGACGAAUCAUCAAUUCGAGAAGAUGUUUUCUCAUCUGAUUUCGUGACACCUUCAAAGAAGAGAGUUAAUUUUGCUCCCGGUACAUCAAUUGAAGUAAUUCGAGAUGAAGAAAAUGAGGAUGGUGAUGGUGAUGAUGAUGAUUCGGAAUCUACUUCAUUUAUGGGCGAGAAAAGGAAAGAGAAACGUUUAUCUGGACGUAAGAGAACACCCAUAAAUAGGCCAGCCUCAUUGGAGAGUCCGAGUAAAUCACUUUCAUCACCUCAACCGAUACUCAAGAUGAGUAAACGAGUUGUUGAUUCGGGUCCACUAUUGAUGCAUUUUGGAAGUGAUUCUAAUGAUGAUAAUGAUGUGGAUGUUGAUAUGGAUGUUGAUGGAGAAAGAGAUAGUAUUGGGAAGAGAAGGGUUAUUUUGGGUAUUGAUGAUUCUGAGGAAAGAACAAUGAAAGGAUUACUGGAAUCUAGAGGACCAAGUGAAUUUUUCGAUUUUACAAUUAAUGGAUGUUGUUUCCAUAUAAGACAUCAAUCUGGUCGAUUAAGUGCUUUUUCACCUAAUGAAAGUGAUGGUAAUUACGCUUGUUUGAAUAAUUGUGGUUACAGAACAUCUCGAAUGAAUAACAUUAUUUUGCACAAUAAAGAUCAAUGUACAGUGAUUAAGAUGCAAUGGCAAAGCGAGUAUCAACAUCUAAUCAAUAGACAACGUCUAAUGAAUCAAGAUGACUCGACACCAUCAACACCAACAACUCCAACUCAAACUCCAACAACAACAAUAACAACAACAGAAGCCACAGACAAUAACAAUGACUCUGAAUGUACUACAGUAGCAACAAAAUCACCUUCAUCACCAAUUAAAUCUCCAACAAUAACAAUAAAUGAAGAGGGAGUAAUGUCACCAACUCAAUCAUCAUCAUCAUCUCCAAAUUAUGAAACUCCAUUAGCAUCACCACAAGAGAAAGAAACAAUUCCCGAAACAUUAUCAUCAGAAACAGAGGCUGUUGAAGUAACAGAAACAGAAACGGAAACAGAAACAACAGGCACAAAAACAACAACACAGAUCGAAGUCGAAACCGAAACCGAAACUGAAUCAACAGCAGUAGAAGAAACAACAACCCAGUAAUAACAACAACUAUAAGAAAUUGAAUGAUUUUUUCUUUAAUUGAAUUGAUUAUCACCUUUGCACAACAAUCAAUUAUAUCAAUUGAUUGGAAUGAAGAAAACAAAAGUGGCAAACAACUAUUGUUAAUGUCCAACUACAAACCUGAGAAGCUUAAAAAGAGAAACAAUUUACUACAUUAAUCAAAAAGAGAGGAAAAGAAAUUGAUGAAAAUCAAAUUGAAAAUGUAUCUUCUAAAUAUCAUAAUAAUAAUAAUUAUAAUGAUGAUAAUCAAGCCAUCGCCAAAACCCAAAGCAAAGCCCAAUAUGCCCCUUAACCAAAUGAUAAUAAAUCAAUAAUCAAAUUUUCAAA